AUUUCCAGUUUUCCACACUCCUCCAAAUCUCCGGCCAGCUCAAUGGCCGCCGUAACGCUUGAAUUCCGCCUCUGUUUCUUCAAAUUCCUCUUCCUCAAGGGUUUUGUUUUUCUUUAAUGAAGUGAAUUGAGCUGUUUCCGAGCUGGAAUUCUAAUCGGUGGAGACACUGUUUUUGUGGCAUUGUUGAUUUUUGGGAGCAUAAGAGCUACGUUGUGAAUUUCGAUCCUCGUUCUGGUAUUCGUAUGGGUUAGAUGAAGGAGUUUAGAGUUUUUGUUUCGGAUUAUAGCAUGGCAACUCUGUAAAGUGCUGUAUUAUUUCUAUGAGGCGAAGUUGGGAAAUAAAUAGGUUUGGUUGGUGGUCAAAUGGGUGUUGGUCCUACACCUUGUUGGCACCUUGAAUGGCUGAUUCUCAGAGAGGUGGUCCUGCCGAGAGGGAUAUCGAUCAGGCAAUUACAGCACUGAAGAAAGGAGCAUACUUGCUAAAGUACGGACGUAGGGGGAAGCCAAAGUUCUGCCCGUUCCAUCUCUCAAAUGAUGAGUCUACGCUGAUUUGGUACUCUGGAAAAGAAGAGAAGCACAUUAAUCUUAGUCAAGUUUCAAGGAUCAUUCCAGGACAGCGUACUGCAAUAUUUCAGCGGCAUCCUAGACCUGAAAAGGAGUAUCAAUCAUUUUCACUUAUAUACAGUGACAGGUCUUUGGACUUGAUUUGUAAAGACAAGGAUGAAGCUGAAGUUUGGUUUGUUGGUCUUAAGGCGUUGAUUUCUCAUGGCAACUACCGCAAGUGGGGAACAGAAACAAGAAGUGACAGUGAUAUAGGAGAUGUUCAGGGAACUCAAGUGCCUUGUGAGACACAGACUAGAUUGGGAAGGGCAUUCUCAAACAUAAUAACAUAUACUGCAGCAUUCAAGGGCAGAAAUCAAUCAGAGAUAGUUUCUGGUUCUCCUCGCUCAUUAUCAGUUGGGUGUGGAGAAAGCUCAAACAGUCAAAAUUCAGGGUCUGAAACCAUUCGAGUCAGUUUGUCCAGUACUGAUAUAGAAGAUGUUCAGGGAGCUCAAGUGCCUUGUGACACACGGACUAGAUUAGGAAAGGCAUUCUCAAACAUAAUAACAUAUACUUCAUCAUUCAAGGGCGGAAAUCAACCAGAGCUAAUUUCUGGUUCUCCUCACUCGUUAUCAGUUGGGUGUGUAGAAAGCUCAAAUGGUCGAAAUUCUGGGUCUGAAACAGUUCGAGUGAGUUUGUCCAGUGCUGUAAGUUCAUCCAGUCAUGGCUCUUGUCAUGAUGACUUUGAUUCCUUAGGUGAUGUUUUCAUUUGGGGAGAACAUGUUGGUGAUGGAAUAUUGGGUGGUGGUGCAAAUAAAAUUAACCAUUCAUCUAAUUCAAAGAUUGAUGCACUUCUACCUAAGACAUUGGAAUCAGCAGUGGUCCUAGAUGUACAUAACGUUGCUUGUGGUGGCAGGCAUGCUGUGUUAGUCACCAAACAAGGAGAGAUCUUCAGUUGGGGGGAGGAAUCAGGAGGCAGGCUUGGGCAUGGCAUAGAAGCAGAUAUUCCUCAGCCAAAGCUCAUAGAUACACUCAGUGGCAUGAACAUUGAAUCGGUAGCAUGUGGAGAGUAUCAUACUUGUGCUGUUACAGUUUCUGGGGAUCUCUAUACAUGGGGUGAUGGUACUCAUAACUCUGGUAUGCUUGGGCAUGGUAGUGAAGUCAGUCACUGGAUCCCCAAAAAAGUCUGUGGUCAUAUGGAGGGCCUACGUGUCUCAUUUAUCUCUUGUGGACCCUGGCAUACAGCUGCUGUGACUUCUUCUGGACAGUUAUUUACAUUUGGAGAUGGAUCUUUUGGUGUCCUGGGCCAUGGAGAUCAUAGCAGCACUUGUAUACCACGGGAAGUGGAGGCUCUGAGAGGAUUGCGAACAACAAAGGUUGCCUGUGGUGUUUGGCAUACCACUGCAGUUGUUGAAGUUGUGAGUGAGUCAUCUAAUUCCAAAACUUCCAGUAGCUCUUUGUCUGGACAGCUUUUCACUUGGGGUGAUGGAGAUAAAGGCAGACUUGGACAUGGUGAUAAAGAACCUAGACUUUUCCCUGAAUGUGUGGGUGCUCUGGUUGACAAGAAUAUCUGUAAGGUUGCCUGUGGACAUAAUCUCACAGUAGCUCUUACUACCUCGGGGCAGGUAUAUACAAUGGGGAGUACUGCUUAUGGACAGCUGGGGAGUCCAACAGCUAACGGAAAGCUUCCAGCUCCUGUUGAAGGUAAAAUAGUAGAUGACUUUGUUGAAGAGAUUGCUUGUGGUUCUUAUCACGUUGCAGCUUUGACUUCCAAAACAGAGGUUUAUACUUGGGGAAAGGGUGCUAAUGGGCAAUUAGGCCAUGGUGACAUUGAUGACAGAAAUACGCCUACUCUUGUUGAUUCUCUAAAAGAUAAGCAAGUGAAGAGUGUAGUAUGUGGUUCAAACUUUACUGCUAUUAUAUGUCUUCACAAAUGGGUGCCUAGUGCUGAUCAUUCUAUGUGCUCUGGCUGUCGCAAUCUUUUUGGGUUCAGAAGAAAACGUCACAACUGUUAUAAUUGUGGACUAGUCUUUUGCAAGGCAUGCAGCAGUAAGAAAUCUCUGAAGGCUUCUCUGGCUCCAAACAUGAACAAACCAUAUCGAGUGUGUGAUGAUUGUUUUGCUAAACUAAAAAAGACCAUGGAAUCUGGUUCUGCUGUCAGGACUCCUAAGACCAGAAAUGGAAAUAUGCAGAAUAAAUUCAAUGAGGUGACAUAUAAAGAAUCUCUUGGUCAAAGACUACAUUCACAAUUCUCCAGAUUAUCUUCUUUUGACUCAAAUAAUCAGGUUGAAAGCCGGAAUCCCAAGCAUGAAUUGACACUGGAAUCACACAAUCACCAUUUAUUCCCUGCUCAGACUGGAAACCUUCGGCUGGGGAACUAUUUUUCAUCUCAGGUAUCAACUUCUCUGGUUGGAGAUUCUAAAAAGGUUUCACCAGCAUCCAUUGCUGGUUCCAGAAUAACUUCAGGUGGAACAUCUCCUGCUUCAGCAAAGUCAAGUCCAUAUCGGCCUUUGGAAGUUUCUAGUGAUGAUUCAAAGCAAAUGAGUGAUACAAUAAGCCAAGAAAUCAUGAGCUUAAGGGCACAGGUAGAAGAUCUUACUUCCAAAUCCCAACGUCUUGAGGCUGAACUUGAGAAAACAUCUAGGCAAUUAAGAGAGGUCACCGCAAUAGCAACAAAUGAAGCCGAAAAGUGCAAAUCUGCAAAGGAAGUUAUUAGGUCUCUAACUGCUCAGGUUGGAUAGUUCUCUGCUCAAGAUUUUUCUUUUUCUAAGAAUUCAUACAUAACCCACUUUGAUUGUUUGGAAAUUAAGAAGAAAAAAAAAAAGAACAUUUAACCCAUUGGGGUUGGCUCAAGUAGCUAAGGAGUCAUUCAAACUAUGCUAGAAUAUAGGUUCAAAUCCCUC